AUGGAAAAGAAGGCAGAUAUUUUUCUGACUAGAGAGAAUUGAAGAGGAUUUCCUGAGAAGAUAGAGAAAGUCACACUAGAAAAUAAUGUACUGCUGAAGGAGAAUAAUCAAGCUAGUAGAUUAAGAUCGCAGAGUGGUGAAUUUCCUAUAUUAGGAAUUCUCAGGACUGUCGUAGAUUAUUCAACAUUCACCGAUCCUGAAAUAACAAUCAAAACUUGUUAUCAAGAUAGAAACAUGGCAAAGCUUAGACACUCAAGAGAGACUACAGGAAGUAUUUGAAUUUGUUCAGAUGGCUCUCGUAAAAGAAGACAAUUCGAGCUAGGUUUAUGAGGUGCCAUGAGAUUCAAAUCUUACUUCACUCUAAGAGUGACUCAGCAGCAUGAUUAUUACAUGACAAAUAUUAAAUCUGUGAUGCCAGAUAUAUUGAGAAUCUUGCCGAGAACACUUAGACAAUGAGAAUUCAAAGGAUGAAAGUUGUCUAAAUAGACAGACACUAUCCAUCAUAGCCAACUCCCAUAAUCUGAAAACUCUUUCUUUUAUUCAGUGAUUAUUCGAGCCUCUUGAAUUUAGCAUUGAAAAGAAGGAGCAUUAUUACUGGAAGCUCCUUACUAGAGGACCAUAUAUGAUGGAGAAUUUUGAAUUAAUUCGAUGCCCUGACUCAGCCUCAGAUGGACCUGAUAAUUCUUGGCCAAGGAUAGGCUCAAUUCUAGGCCUCAUUAGUUGGAUAUCCUCAUCUCAGAGUUUGACUAAAUUAUCCUUACAUCACUGAAUGCCAUUAGAUUGCUGCAAAAAAUUGGUUCAAAAAUAUGACAUUUUUGGAAUAGAUAUUGAUAUAUUCUGCUCUAUUACUCAAACCCAUUCGAAAUAUACCUACGAAGGAAAUGCUUUCUCCUAAGAUAUAUUUACACUCAACUCAUUUUUCUUCUC